AUGGACUCUGCAAGGGAGCAAUUAAGAAUUUUUUUGCUAGAGGAAGAGGAAGAGGAUGAUGAACUCUUCUUUGCGUUGGUCCCUGCUGCACUUGCAGCUCUCCAAGCUGAAAAAAGACCUCUGCACACCUCAAUUCUAACUGGUUCUAUAAAGGUUAAGGAAAUCCUAGAAGGACAUGAGAAUUGGUCUAAGGCUGAGUUUCGGAUGGAACCAGAAAUAUUUAGAGCUACAGCAAGAUAUCUUAGCAUGAAGAGUCUUCUAUGUGAUACGCGAGGUGUUGAUGUUGAGGAGCAAUUAGGAAUGUUUAUGUAUAUGAUUUCUCACAAUGCUAGCAAUCAAGAUCUACAGAAUGCAUUCCAACAUAGUGGCGAAACAAUAAGUAGGAAGAUAAAUGAAGUUUUUCAUAUUGUCCCUACCCUAGCUGAGCGAUUUGUCAAACUUCCUGAUUCAACUCAUACCCAUAUGAAGAUUGCAUCGGAUCCUAGAUUUUGGCCAUAUUUUCAGAUCCAAGAAAAGGAGAAGGAACUCAAGGGGAACUACAAAGUUAUAAAAAAUGCACGAAAAGAAAGUGGAGUUGGAUGGAAUGAUUCACUUUGUAUGAUUGUUGCUGAACCAGCUAUUUGGGAUAGGAUACUUCAGGCUCAUCCAAAGGUCAAGAAGUUUCGCUCCAAACCAUUCCCACUUUUCAAUCAAUUGGCCUUACUGUAUGAAGGAAGUGUUGCACCAGGUGAUUUAUGUUUUACAUCAACUCAAGAAAUAUCUCAUUCAAGUGAUCAGAAUAUGGGAAUGACACAUGAGGUUUUAAGUCUAGAUGGGUUGACAAACCCAUUUUCAAAUAUGGGUGCGCCGGAGACUUCAAGUACAAACAUGGCAAAGGAGGCACAAGAGAGCUCAACACCAAACAAAGAAAAAGAAGUUGAUGUUGGAAAGAAGCGCAAGCAUAAUCAAGUAGCAUUGGUACUCGAGGACUACUUGGAAUUCAAAAAAGAGCAAGCAAAAAGGGCAGUGGGUAAAAUAGUGGAGGCAUCAAGGCAUGAAAUUGACACUUCUAUCUCCAAGUGUAUUGCUACGAUUGAAUCGAUCCAAGAGUUAACAGAUGAAGAAAAAGCAAAAGCUCUUGGACUCUUUAGAUGUCCACUCAAUAGGGAAAUAUUUAUGAACACAAGCAUCCCUAGCGUGCGCCUGAUAUGGCUAAAGAGCCAAAUUGCUGGAUAGAAGCUUCAGCAAGAGAUUUC